AUGGCCCGAGUCGCUCGGACGGCGGCGGUGGCUACUGCAGCAGCAGCAGCAGGCGCAGCAGGCGCAGCAGCACGCGCAGCAGAAGGACGCAGCUUCCCGCAGUCCCCAGAGCCCAUCGAACUCGGCACUGUGUCUUGGGACUUUUACGGAAAUACCCUCCAGAGGGGCCCCCGGGGGGGCCUCCGCAGCACCACUGCAGCAUUUCUAGCGUGGCUGUCUUUGAGUGUUGCUGCUGGCUUUGUUGCUGGGGCCGUCACUGCGGAGAGCCUCAUGCAGGCCCUCACUCUUCAACGGGAAGCAGCAGCAGCAGCAGCAGCAGCAGAACUCGGCUUUGCUGCAGCAGCAGACGACGAAGCAGCAGCAGACACUGACGACGAACUUGCCCCAGAAACGCACGACACUGCAGCAGCAGCAGCAGCAGAUCUGGAAUUCGCAGACGCAGAAGCAGAAGUUGCUGCAGCAGCCGAAAUACACGCAGCAGCAGCAGCAGCAGCAGCAGACAGGGACCCCGAAGAAGAAACAGCAGCAGCAGAUCUAGGCUUUGCAGAAGCAGACGUUGAAGAUGCAGCAGCAACACAUAUAGGCGCUGCAGCAGCAGGACCAGACGCAGCAGCGGGAAGACGCGCUGCAGCUGCAGCAGAAGCAGAGAAAAAGGGUGCAGCAGCAGCAGCACUGGCAGCAAAAGAAGCAGCAGAUGAAACGGCAAGUGAUCGAAAGGCAGAAGCCAAAACAAAAGCGAAAGAAGCAGCAGCAGCAGCAACAGCAGCUGCAGCAGCAGCAGAAGCUGAAGCUAAACGCGCGAGAGACACAGCGGCAGAGGAUAAAGCAGCAGCAGCAGCAGCAACGACAGCAGCCAACGCGGCAGCAGCAACAGGAGACCGAGCAGCAGCAAAAGCAGCAGCAGCAGCAGAAGUAGCAGAAACAUCAGAAGCGACAUCGCCAUCUUCAGGAUAUUUUAAGAUAUCAACAAUAUCUCUAGCAGCAGCAGACGAAGCAGCAGCAGCAGCAGCAGCAGCAGCACCAAAGGAAUCAUCAGAAGCAUCAUCCCCAUCACCAGGAUAUUUUAAAAUAUCAACAAUAUCUUUGGCAGCAGCAGAUGAAGCAGCAGAAACAAAAGCAGCAGCAGCAGCAGCAGACAAAGCAGCAGAGCCACCAUCAGGGUAUUUUAGAAGAUCGACAGUAUCUCUAGCAGCAGCAGACGAAGCAGCAGAAGCAGCAGCAGCAGCAGCACCAGCAACAGGAUAUUUCAAAGUAUCAACAAUAUCUCUAACAGAAGCAGAUGAAGCAGCAGCAGCAGCAGCAGCAGCAAGAGCAGCAGAUGGCACAGCAGAAGCAGCGGCGCCUGCCUCAGGAAAUUAUAAGAUGUCAACAAUGUCUCUAGCAGCAGCAGACGAAGCAGAAGAAGCAGCAGCAGCAGCAGCAAGGGCGGCAGCAGCAACAGCAGACAAAACUCCAGAAGCAGCGGAGCCAACAUCAGGGUAUUUUAGAAGAUCAACAGUAUCUCUAGCAGCAGCAGAUGAAGCAGCAGCAGCAGCAGCAGCAGCAGAGCCAACAUCAGGGUAUUUUAGAAGAUCAACAGUAUCUCUAGCAGCAGCAGAUGAAGCAGCAGCAGCAGCAGCAGGAGCAGCACCAGCAGAGCCAUCAUCAGGGUAUUUUAGGAGGUCAACUGUAUCUCUAGCAGCAGCAGAUGAAGCAGCAGCAGCAGCAGCAGCAGCAGACGAAGCAGCAGCAGCACCAACCCCAAUAUCAGGAUAUUUUAAAAGAUCAACGGUAUCUCUAGCAGCAGCAGACGAAGCAGCAGCAGCAGCAGCAGCAGCGCAGGCCUCAGAAUAUUAUAAGGUGUCAACAGUGUCAUUAUUUAUAGAAGACGGAGCAGCAGAUGGAGCAGCAGCAGCAGCAGCAGCAGCAGAAGCAAAAGCGAAAGGCUCCGCGGGUUAUACCCUGGCAGCGCCCUGA